CCAGCAAAUAUGCAUAAAAACCCACAUAAGCACAAAGUUUGCAUAACUCUUCCAUUGCAUUCUUGUCAACAAAGAUGACACUAGCCUUGCUUGUAAUUCUCUUACCUCUUCUUUUUCUUGUCCUAACCAAGCAUUUCAAACUUGGAGUAGUGUCAUCAAAUCUUCCACCAGGUCCUAAUCCAUGGCAACUUCUAUGGACAAUGUCCCAAUCUAGAAACAAAACCCAUGUUGCUUUCCAAACCCUAGCUAGAGCCCAUGGCCCUCUCUUCUCUCUAAGGCUUGGAUCCCAACUCAUAGUUGUGGCAUCAUCACCAGCCAUUGCUAUGCAAAUUCUCAAAACUCAUGACAAGAUUUUCUCCGGCAGGUACUUACCAUCUCGAUGUUUCCAAUUCGUUGGAAUGGUACAAUCAUCUCUGACAAUGUCCAGACAAUGCAACGAUACGUGGAAGUUCCUACGUAGUAUUGGUCAUAACUUCAUAUUUUCCUCUCAGGCGGUGGGGGCAAAGGAGAAAAUGAGGAAAGAGGUGGUGGUGGAAAUGAUGGAGUAUCUGGUCGAGAACGAAGGCAAGGCAGUGAAGCUUGACGACAUAGUGAAAGUCACGGUUUCCAACGUUGUAGCUAAUGUUCUGGCUUCGACAAGCCUGUUUGACGUAAGAGGAGAGGGAGAAAAUGAAGAAAAAUUGACGGGUUUAGUGAGGGAAAUUGUGGAGUCGGCUGCUAAUCUUGGUUUGGCUGAUCUGUUUCCGGCGUUGAGAAGGGUGGAUUUUUGGAGCAGAAGAAAUGGUAUGAAAAUGCGUGAAAAAAUUAUGUGCGUGUGGGCAGACAUCGUCGAGGAAAGAAGGAAAUGCGGAACUAAAGAUGUUUCAUGUCGAGAUUUCUUGGAUGUUCUGCUUGAAAAUGGCUUUCUCGAUGAUCAAAUCAGCAUCCUAAUAAUGGAACUCCUGAUUGCUGGAACAGACUCAACCAUCAUAACAAUAGUAUGGUUGAUGGCAGAGCUGAUCAAGAACCAAGAAAUCUUCCUCAGACUCCGGCAAGAAAUCGGACAAGCCAUCAAACCAAAUUCAACAACAUUGGAUGAGUCAAUCCUGUCCAGAUGCGAAUAUUUCCAGGCCCGUAUCAAGGAAAACUGCACAUUCCAGGCCCGUUUUUGGUCCCCCAUCAGGCCCUGGAAAACUGCAAGGUGAGCAACUACCUAAUCCCAAAAGACAGCAUCGUCCUGGUGAACGCCUGGGCCAUUCACCUGGAUCCUAACAACUGGAACAAUGCUGCAACCUUCAAACCUGACAGGUUUCUCGGCUCGAAAAUUGAUUUCUUGGGAAGCUGUUUUGAGUUUAUACCUUUCAGCUCGGGACGAAGAACGUGCCCUGGAUUUCAUAUGGGUUUCAGAAAUAUUUUGCUCGUGGUAGCGUAUUUGGUGUUCUAUUUUGAUUGGAGUCUUCCAGAAGGACAAGACCCCAAGAAUCUGGACAUGACGGAUGAAUUUGGUACAACGUUAAAGAGGGAAAAACCAUUGUAUUUGGUUCCUAGACUUAUGGAACAAUUUCAUGUUGGUUGAUGGUAUCAUUUGCUU